AUGCCAAUUAUUGUACACAUAAUCCAUAAAAUCCAAACUAGAUCAACAGCAACAUUACCAAAUUUUUCUAAGUCAUACCCACCAAGAGUCAUAGAAUAGGCAUAGAGAACUGCAGGAAUAAAUGAGGAGAUAAAUUUAUCAUCCUCUUCAUUGCCAGAAGAUAUCUUUAAAAAUGCAUCUCCGAAUGCUGCCACUGCAAGUGUGUAAACAAAUAAGAAUACACCCAUAUCAUGUAUAACCUCAUAAACCAUUCUUAUUAGAUAAUUUGUUUACUAAAAUAUUCUGAAUAUCGAAAGGAAUUUCAUCCACAUUAGCAAAGUUGAAAUUGAUAAAAUGCAUCUGUUUGCAUCAUUCUCUAAAUAAUAAUCUUAAAAUUCUAAAAAUUGA